AGAUAAUGGGUCAGAUAGAAGACCAUCGGUUUUAAUCUGGUUGACUUUAGUGGAUUUAUUUCACCGUUAUAUCUUAGGAGAUCCGUAUCGGGAAGAAACUGAUAUCUUUCCUGACACUGACAGACUAAACGCUCCUCUGCGGCUACAUUUGCGCCUUUUGUCAGCGGAAAUACAGGAUGAUGUUUAUAAUUAGACGCUAAAACAACUGACGGCGCUUUUGUCGAGGCUUGGGAAAAACAUAAAGGAAGGUGUUUCCACAACCAGCGCUGUCAAACACAAGAGGACCAUAAAUGUGACUCCUUCCCACUGCGGGCGGCGUUCAAGAACAAAAUCCAUCCAAAAUGAUGUCAGGGAAGCAUUUCAAGGCUCAUGAAGUGAGCUGCUGCAUCAAGUAUUUCAUUUUCGGAUUCAACAUAAUAUUCUGGUUCCUUGGAGUGGCGUUCCUCGGCAUUGGGUUGUGGGCAUGGAGCGAAAAGGGUGUCCUCUCCAACAUCUCAUCCAUCACAGACCUGGGGGGGUUUGACCCAGUCUGGCUCUUCUUGGUAGUGGGUGGUGUGAUGUUCAUCCUCGGAUUCGCUGGUUGCAUCGGAGCACUGCGAGAAAACUCUUUCCUGCUCAAAUUUUUCUCCGUGUUCCUGGGUAUCAUCUUCUUCCUGGAGCUGACUGCAGGAGUCCUGGCCUUUGUCUUCAAAGAUUGGAUCAAGGACCAGCUCAACUUUUUCAUUAACAACAACAUUCGGGCCUACAGAGAUGACAUUGAUCUGCAGAACCUAAUAGACUUCACCCAGGAAUAUUGGGAGUGUUGUGGAGCUUUUGGAGCUGAUGACUGGAAUCUGAACAUCUACUUCAACUGUACUGAUUCAAACCCGAGUCGCGAGAAAUGUGGAGUGCCCUUUUCCUGUUGCACCAAAGAUCCAGCGGAGGAUGUCAUCAACACUCAGUGUGGCUACGACAUCCGAGCAAAAACAGACUCUGAGCAGCGGACCUUCAUCUAUAUCAAAGGGUGCGUUCCUCAGUUUGAGAAGUGGCUUCAAGACAACCUGACAGUGGUGGCAGGCAUCUUUAUUGGAAUUGCAUUACUACAGAUUUUUGGCAUCUGUUUAUCACAGAAUCUCGUGAGCGACAUUGAAGCUGUGAGAGAGAGUUGUUUGUUUACCUAAGACCUCCACAGAAUCUCCAAAGGCCAGAAGGAUGUACCCAGACUCAGGAUGCCAGCAAUGAAGGGAAAUCAGUUAAUCAGCUAAUAUGUCCAGAACCAAGAGUCUCAUUCAUAUGUAAAUAAUAAAUUUAGAGUUAUUUUUAGAGUUAAUUGUGGCCCUAUUUUUUAAAUAAAGCACUACCUUUAACAUGUAUUGUGGCUCUCAUACAACACAAAUUAUACAAAUGUAACGCUUUAAAUGAGGAGCCGGGGGGGUCAUAGCUUGAAAUGAAGGUAGAUUUGAUGUUUUAUCAGAGGUAGUGCUUCAUUCAGAAAAGGGCCUUGGUUUUAUAUGUCUCACAGCUGCAGUUUUUAACACUGCAUGUAAAAGGUUGUGUACAAAGACAAAAGUGAUUCUGGAAAAUGCACUGCAUGCCUCUUGUCUACUGGUGGGACAUUGGCUCUCCUAAAUGUAUUAACAUUAAUGUUAAGUAUUUUAAAAGAUUUGUAAAAUAGUCACUAGUUUAGAGUGAAUCGGCUGGUUAGCACUUUGUUGAAUGUUUAAUGGAAUCUAUUUAAAGUGAGAAGAGAAUUAACUUUAGAUUAAUUUCCAUCUGCGACAUCAUGCUUAUAUUAUACAGGUACAUACAGUCUGUAAGCAGAGUUUUUGUGGGGGCUGUGGUGGAUAUAUUAACAUGUAGUAUCUUGAAGGGAUAUGAUGGAUGUUGUAGGCUUUGCAAAGUUGCAGUUUGUUAAAAGUUAUGGCAGUGACAUUAAAAAAAAAAAAAAAAAAAAAAUGUGGCACCUGAAUCAAAGCUCAUCCUUAAGCACUUUAAUCUUAAAUUUAGGGUAAUGGAGUAUAUUGCAGUUUCUAUCAUGACUGUUAUUUUAGUCAAGCGGCAGCCACUGGAGGGGGCACUUUGCACUCAAAUGUGCAAACUCCAUCUGUAACUACAUGAUGUUUCACAAUGUCUGAUAAUUUGUCCAAAAGCAGCUUGACUGAAAAUGUGUUGUGCUGUUCCUUACACAUUACCGUAUCUUACCGUUAGUGUUCAUUUAUUCAUUUUCCUCCAUUUUUUUUUUUGAGUUAUUGCCAAUAUGUUUCUGUGAUGAAAUCUGCCUAAUUGAUGAGAUACCUUCUUUUCACUGGAAAAUUAGGAUACAAACUAUUUCCAGGGCUCAUGAACGGCAUGCUGGUACUGCUUGGUGGCUAUAAAAUUAUUUAUAGCCUACAUACAUUACUUGAAAGUAGAGCACACAGGCUCUCACCAGCAUUAUUUUAUGAUGCUAACUUGGAAAGGGAGAUGCAGCUUAUGCUUUUUUCUUUUUAGACAUUACCUGGAAUCAUACAUUUGUGUAAUAACCUAUACUGGAACUGCAUAGCAUGAAAGUAGAAGCAGCCAUUUUAUGUAAAGGUUGUGUGAACCUGUAGUAGGUUACACAGAGUUUCCUUUGCAGUCAAAGCUUCUGCAACCUUGGUGAAUGGACCUGAUGUUAAAAAAUAAAUAAAUAAUGCAUUUCUGCCUUGUGAAAUCUUAUAAAUGUAAUACAGCAGCAGUGGUGGUGGGGGUCAAAUAUCCUUUUUUCCACAAAAAGCUUUGUAUGAUUCUUGUUGACUGGUCACACUUUCCCUUACCACUCAGUGCCAUAUUUGUGAUUUCUACUUCUACAUACUCCUGAUUAUAAUGCUAAUUUUGUUUCAUGUGUACUCCUGAUUCUUGUCAAUAACUGGACUGUGACAAGUUGUAAAUAUAUAUCUGAAUAAAUGUGGUUCUUUGUA